AGCAACAACAGCAGCAGCAGCAACAGCAGCAGCAACAACAACAGCAAAAGCAACAACAGCAAAAGCAACAACAGCAAAAGCAACAACAACAAAAGCAACAACAACAAAGACAACAGCAACAACAACAAGCAUCUAAUUUAUUACAAUAUCAACAACAACCAGUAUAUCGACCACAGGCGAUAACAGGUCAGCAACAGAGCUCGUACGCAACAGCCCCUCAGUAUAUCCACCGGCCUUCAAAUAAACAAGAAAUGCAGUAUCCAUCGCAAUGCUACCCUACACCUUCCCGAUCCAUCCAGCCUAACGACUUCUCUAGAGCUAGUGUCAGUUCAGUAAUGGCUUUUGCCAGCAAUCAUAGCCCAGCACACAUCCAUGCGGUUUCCACCACCAGUUAUCUUCAGCAAACCCCGAAUAAUCCAGUUCAAUCGGUACCAUCUUCCAGCCAUCCGCGAUGUCAGUUCCCCAUCAAUAACGGCAUUUAUAAUGCUACGUUACAUCAUACCAAUAGCCCUUUGCCACAUUACCCUGAUCAACCCUCUGCUCCUAUCGUCCACCAUGUUCAGUUGCAGAUCCCAGCUGCCCAGUCUACUCGACCAUCUUUCUCCACGGCACAGACUACUGUCCGUCAGCAAACAGUGGUGCAUCCAGGUCAACAAGCACUUCGUCAUGCUCUAACCAGUUCACCGGGAACCUCAGUCCGUCCUCAUCAAAUAAUUCAACAGCGCCCUGGAUAUGUAGUUAUCCGGCCACAGCCGUCCAAUAGUCUGAGCCCAGGCUGUAUACUUCCAACAUCUCCUCGUGUGGCGCUCAGUUCGCAACCCGUGGGGAUCACUUUGCCGACUACAUCUACGGUUGCUGUUGCGACUUCGUCAGCCAUGCGUCUUCCUCCGCCUUAUCCAAGGCAGCAGACUUCAAGCGCACCAAAUCAGUCUACUACGCAGAAACGACUUUUAACAGCCGAAGAAGGAGUACCAGAGGUAUGCCAACCUCCUCGUAAAAUAGCCCGUGCUGAAGAAGAAGUUGCUGCCUCUGCCUCGAAGCCCAGUGGAGACUGUGAAGUGCGAAUUGUUCCAAAGAAACAGACAGGUCUACCCGUCAUUCAAAGCGUAGAAGGUGGAAUUAACACGGUGCUCAUAAAAGCUAGUUCACAGGUCAUUCAGACGCCAUCUGUUGCGUCACUGCUGAGUAAUCCCAAUAUAACGGUCACACCGGCAAAAAAUAAAGAAAAUCAAGUUGCAUCUGAAAUCAUUGCAAGUUUGAAAGCUACAAGCGCCCCCACGUCAACAAUAACUACCAAUACCAGAACGCCUGGUCCCAUCACAGUCGACUUAACGAACACAGCGUCUGCUUCACUGCAACAGCGUAACCCUUUGCAAUGUCAAGUUUGCAACGAAACCUUCAGCUCUCAGUCGCUACUUAAAAACCAUUUGGUGCUUCAUCUAAGAAAGGUGCGUCCCGCCACAGUCCGACCAACGAUUAGUGCGCCAGUUGCCCGGAGUUCGGUCUCCAAUCAAACGUUGGAAGUAAAUUCAUCUACGUCUCGUACGUACCCAAGUAGCCAGAGAGGACGAACUGGUGAAUCCACAACCCUUAGCACGUCCGGUUGUGUUUCAGCGGUCAAUAGUUCUGCAACCAGUAAGCAAGGGCCACAUCCACCUGUCGCCACACGAUCAAACACAGAUGGUGAAACGAAUAGCUUAGCGGUUGUCAUGAAAUCGGUUUCUAAUCAAGUAUUAGCAGUCGAUUCGUUCACAUCUCGCACCAAAACUCUUUGUAGUCCUAGUGGGCAAACUCCUUGCGUGACAACAGCCAGCACAUCUGGUUAUGCUUCCAUAAAUAAUAAGCUGGUCAUCGGUAGGCAGGGGCCUCAUUCUCUUGCCAUCGCCAAAACAACCACGACUACUGACGAUGUACACAGUGAGCAAUCCAAAAGCGGAGAAAUAUUAGGAUCAUGCCGACUAAAUCGACCAGCUAAUGUUACGCCUAAUUGUGCAAGCUCACCCGUUCAAUCUUCCACCAUUAACGAGCCGAAUUUACUUCCGAUGGAUAAAGCAACUUCAUCAAACGAAUUUUAUAUUCCCAUCGUGGACUUAAAACGCCAAGAUGUUAUGACUCAGCUCGAAUUAAUGGGAAUUAAUCAAUUUAUCCCCGCAUCUAAUUUAACAUCUUCAACCGAUCACAGUGAUUUCGCUAUACCUGUUAUGUCAGCGACCGCGGUGCGACGGGCAGGGACGACUGGUUUCCCUAACUUGAGUGGAGUAAUUAAUCUUGGAUCCCCGAAAAUGUUUCCUUUUAAUUCAAAGUAAUAAUCUCGCAGCAGUUCUACUUACAAAAUUCCUGUGUUAGCAUAUUUCAUCUUAUGACCAAAAUAUAUCUUAUAAAACGCAGAA